CCUCUGGUCUUUUCCCCCUGAGAGGCACCUGUAUCUGGCAGCUUCAGGCUUCACUGCCUCCCACAACAUGCAAGGAUGCUGCUGGGCCCAGAGAUGCACGACUGUGCCGGACACCUGCUCCCUCAGCCAAAGAGCAGGAGUUCAGGAUGGUUCCCCCACCACCUGUCAGCAAGCCCCACGUGUGCCUCUCCACUGUGCUCAUCAUGACCAGCCUCGUCCUCAUGGAUGCCUACCUGGUGGAGCAGAGCCAGGGCUCCAGGAAGUUGGGCAUCUGUGUCAUGGUGGCAGUGGGUGACUUGUGCUUCCUGCUGGUCCUCCGCUAUGUGGCCAUCUGGGUCGGGGCAGAGGUAAAGACAGCUAAGCGGGGCUAUGCCAUGAUCCUCUGGUUCCUGUAUGUCUUCGUUCUGGAGAUCAAAGUCUACUUUGUGUACCAGAAUUAUAAAGCUGACCGGAAAAGCUUGGACCUCAUAGCUCGCAAAGCAUUGACCUUGCUGCUCUCCAUCUGCAUCCCAGCCCUCUACGUGUUGUUGGUGGCCACGGAGCAUAUGGAGUAUGUCAGAACAUUCAAGAAGAAGGAAGAUCUCCGCAACCGCCUCUUCUGGGUCAUUGUGGACAUGCUGGAUGUGCUGGACAUCCAGGCCAACCUGUGGGAGCCACAGAAGAAGGGGCUGCCGCUCUGGGCUGAGGGCAUCAUGUUCUUCUACUGCUACAUCUUGCUCCUGGUCCUCCCGUGCGUGUCCCUGUGUGAGAUCAGCAUGCAGGGCAUUGGCAUCGUGCCGCACCGGAUGAUGCUGUACCCCAUGCUGAGCAUGCUCACUGUAAACAUCACCACCAUCUUCAUCCGAGGCAGCAACAUGGUCUUCUUCAGGGACGCCCGGGUCUCCAGCAUCUUCAUGGGCAAAAACAUGCUUGCCAUUGGGAUGAAGGUCUGUAUGUUUGUGCAGUACCAGCGGCACCAGCACCACACACCUUCGGGGCCAGACCUACAGCACAGUGACCCAGCCCAACUGCCCACAGUAGGGCUGCGCAAGUCCCGGGACCAGCCUGCCUGCCCCGAGGAGCUGGCCCGGGACAACACGUGACAAGCCAGCAGGAGCUACAGCCUGGGCACCACCAUGGUACCCAGCAGUACCGACAAACCAGAGGCCGCUGAGCUCCCCGCCUGGACAGAGGGCAACGACCCUGCUCCCUCCCUCCCUGGGCAAAGCUGCUCAGGGCCCCGAGGGUCGCAUGGUGAGGGCCCCCUGUAGUGGCCUCCAUAAGGCUGCAGAGCAGUUUGAGACCUCAGCACCCCACCAAGUGAAACAGGCAGCAGAGUAGAGGAGGAGGCCAGGGUUGCCUGCCAGGUGUUGUGUCUGGCUGGGGCCAGGCAGCCCUAUCUUGUGCCAGGCUCCCCCACCAGUGCUCCCCAUACAGCACUGCCCUCUGGCCAGGCAGGGCACCACACAGGGACACAGCAGGUCACCUGCUUUACUGUUGUGGAUGGCCCUGGCUCUAGUGUGGUCCUUGGCAGCAACCUGCUCCCCACUGUGUAAGCCAAGGCCCCCAUGCAGGAGGAGCAACGCCUGAGCCUUCCCCUGCUGUCACCCCUCUCAGCCAGCUGCAGGCCUGGGGGGACCCAGAAAGGGGUGACUGUCCUUUUUUGUAUUAUCUCCCUCUUUGCAAUAAAAGACCUGAGCCCUGCA